UUCCAAAGAUUGAGUUAGGCGAAAGAAAAAUCGGAAAAUAGGCGCAUUUCACAAACCAAAGAAAAAAAUGACACAAUUUGACCUCCAACCCGGUACCUUGUAGUGGUCGGCCAGAUGGGUGCGUAUGUCCCAUUUUUCUCACCGGAUCAGGGUCAAAGUAGGUCGACCCGCGGGUAAACCCGCGGGUUGACAACCUUGCAAAUGAACAAAAAACAGAAACUCUCGCAAUUGCUAGAAUGAACGACCUGCCUAGCCUACUCAAUUUAUUACACACACCAAACCCAACGGAACGGAACGGAACGGAACGGAGGGCCAAAUGGGUAAUAACAAUAAUAUAAUAUUAAAACACAGAGAGAGAAAAUUCAGAAAGAAAAACUCGGCAGCUAGCAGCAUUACAGAAAAUGUGCCCCUCCCUUCCGAUCACUUCGGCAUGCGUGAUGUAGGUAAGUAAGUCAGAGAUCAGUCUCAGUUCCCUCUAGGACUCCUCCUCCCUCCCUCUUCUCUCCUUCUUCCUUCCUCCCUGUGCUCUGUCGUCCUUCUGCUUUCCUUUCCCGGCGAAAAAAGUUCCCAAAAGGAGGGGGAAAAAAGAUUAUACAAAGGAUUCGGUUUCAAAAUCGGAAGAGUUCGGUUCAGCGAAAUUCCGGCCAUGUCUGAGGCUCUGAUCAAUGGCCUCGCCGGAGCCGGCGGUGGGAUCAUCGCUCAGCUCAUCACUUAUCCUCUUCAGACUGUGAACACUCGGCAGCAAACGGAGCGUGGCGUGCAGGAGGAACAAAAGAAGACUAUUGGCACCAUACAGCAAAUGUGCCAGGUUGUGAGGCAUGAAGGAUGGGAGCGACUGUAUGGAGGAUUAGCUCCAUCACUGGCAGGGACUGCCGCAUCGCAGGGUGUUUAUUAUUAUUUCUAUAAAAUAUUUAGGGACAGAGCUGAAGCUAAGGCACUUGAGCGUCAGAGGAAAGGGUUUGGUGAUGGAUCCAUCGGGAUGCUUUCGUCACUUGUGGUGGCUGCUUUAGCAGGGUCUGUAAAUGUGUUGAUGACAACCCCAAUCUGGGUUGUCGUUACAAGAAUGCAGACUCACACAAAAGCUGCAAAGAAAUCAGAACCUAGUAGCUCAUCAGAUGCUUCAGCUAAGCUUAUAGUUCCAACUGAUCCUCCUCCAUUUGGAACUUUUAAUGCGAUUCAAGAAGUUAUUGAUGAAGCUGGAAUUCCAGGUUUUUGGAGAGGUGUAUUGCCAACACUGAUCAUGGUAAGCAAUCCCGCGAUACAAUUCAUGUUAUAUGAAACCCUGCUGAAGAAGUUGAAACAACGACGCUCAUUGCUUAAGAAGGGUGAAGCCGGAGUAACUGCUUUGGAGACAUUUCUUCUCGGAGCAUUGGCUAAACUGGGAGCUACUGUCGUAACCUAUCCUCUUCUCGUUGUUAAGUCACGCCUUCAAGCUAAACAAGUUACUACAGGAGAUAAAAGACAUCACUACAAAGGUACGCUAGACGCUAUCCUGAAGAUGAUCAGGUAUGAAGGUUUAUAUGGGUUUUACAAAGGAAUGAGCACGAAGAUCUGUCAGAGCGUGCUAGCUGCUGCUGUGUUGUUCAUGGUGAAGGAAGAACUCGUCAAGGGUGCCCGUUUCGUACUCACCGGGGGUGCUGCAAGCAAAGCACUGAAAUCAAAGCAUCCAUAAGACCAUAACAGCUCCACUCCACCCCACCCCUGCAAUCUCUUCAUGAUAUAGGUAUCGUUUGCUUGUGAGAUUUGGGUGAUGGAUUUGAUACCAAAACCCUCAUUUUCAAAUCCAACAAGCAAACGAGCCGUAGUUUUCCUGAUUCAAAAUCCACAGCCAAUUGUUAGCUGAUGAAAUUAGAUAAUAAAGAGGUACCCUACAAUUGUUUGGUUUGUCAUUACAGUGAGGCUCAGGCAGCUUCAUUCCCAUAGUUUAAAAGUUCUGUAGUAUGCAAAGAUUUACUAUAGGAAUUAGAGCAUGUGGAUCUAUAAUAAUAGUGUUUGAAAUACAAAAACAAAAACAUCACUUGCGGUUUCUUGGUUAAAUGUAUGAGAUCAAACGUUAAUAUAUUUUUGUUUUUGAUGCGACAAACGUUAAUGUAUUACAGUGUAGGUCUCGGGUACCACUAUGGUACUAGAUGUUUUUCGUGUUUUAGGAAAUUUGUGCUAUGUUAAGUUGUCAACAAUUAUUAAACUGACAUGACUGAU